GCGGUGUUGCCCGGCACUCCCCACACCAAAGGCGGGCCUUGUGUGAAGUUUUCAGAUCACGAGGAGCAGGAGCGCCUGUCUGGAAGCAAGAGGGAGGAGGAUGAGGAUGACGUUGAGGCCGCCCUGAAGAAGGAGGUCGGCCAGAUCCGUGCCUCAACAGAGCAGAAGCAGCGGCGCUUCCAGUCGGUGGAGAGCGGCGCCAACAACGUGAUCUUCAUCAGAACCCUGGGCAUAGAACCCGAGAACCUGGUGCACCAUAUAUUAAAGGAUAUGCAUACCACCAAAAAGCUGAAAACAAGAGUAAUUCGGCGCAUGCUACCCAUUUCUGGAACUUGCAAGGCUUUCCUGGAGGAUAUGAAAAAAUACACAGAAACGUUUUUUGAGCCUUGGUUUAAAGCCCCUAAUAAGGGUACUUUUCAGAUUGUUUACAAAGCUCGUAAUAACAGUCAUGCGAGUAGGGAAGAAGUAAUUAAGGAAUUGGCAGGAAUCGUGAGCAGCCUCAACCCAGAGAACAAAGUAGACCUUAAUAACCCACAAUAUACAAUUGUGGUAGAAAUAAUAAAAAAUGUCUGUGGCUUGAGUGUGGUGAGAGACUAUGUUCUGUUCAGAAAAUAUAAUCUACAGGAGGUGGUGAAGAGCAACAAAGACAACACACAACAAAACCCAUCAUGUCAGACAGAAGAACAGAACUUGAGGGUAGUAAAACCAGAAACCGAGGAGGAGAACUCGAAAGAAGUAAAACAAGAGAACAGGAAUCAAGGUGAAUCAGAAGCUGAGCCCAAGGGAAAUGAUGUGCUGACAGCGUAG